UUGAAAAAGAAACUCUUCAUACCGGAAGUUGAUAUCGCUAACUUGGCACUACUUGUUGCUUCGCUCAUCGGACAGCUCGUAACCGUAACUGGAGUUACUCACCAUGGAAAACGGCCUGUUUGACAUUCCUGACUACGACAACAUAGAGGAUGAAUCUUUCCCUCCCCUCCCACCGCCUCACUCCCCGGGCCAGGGAGGGCAGGAGGACGGGAACCCUUUUGAAAAUGGGGACGAAGACGGUGAUGUGUCCAAGCUGGCGGAUGUCCCUGCUGCUAAAAGGAAAGGAGUGAAGAGGCCGCAACCCAAGCUGGACUCUCAGAGGCUGAGUUCAGAAAGAGGACUUCCAGCUCUGCGAACACUGUUUGAUAAUGUCCAUUUCAAAGGCAAAGGGCACGAGGCUCAGGAUUUGCGGCUGCUGAUGCACAAGAUGGAGAACUGGGCCCACAGGUUGUACCCCAAGCUGCAGUUUGAAGAUUUUAUUGACAAAGUGGAGAGGCUCGGCAACAAGAAGGAAGUGCAGACCUGUCUCAAACGGAUACGGCUGGACAUGCCCCUGACACACGAAGACUUUAUGGGUGGCGAAGAACAAGCAGCUCCUGAAGCGCAUGUCUUUGGGGAUCCAGAUCCGUUUAACGGAGCCAGCUUUAAUGACCUGCAAGCUCCGGUCCACUCCACCCCGGCUCCAGCUGCUCCACCCACUCCACCUUCCCCAGCUGCUCCCUCCCCCGCUCCCCCCUCCCUGACCGAGGAGCAGCGUAGACGCAUGGAGCUGAACAGACAGCGCGCUCUGGAGAAGAGGCUCGCCCGCCAGCAGCAGCAGCAGCAAACAGAUCCGUCAGACUCCCAGACUGCUGACUCGUCCACGUCAGCAGACGAACGCACAUCUGUCUCCUCUGCAAACGCCCUCCACAAUUCUAAAGAUCGGGAUGUAGAGGUGGAGGAUUUCGAACUGGAGCCAGCCAGCAGCAGCACACAACAACAACAACAACAAGAAGCCAUCCAGCUUCCCCACACAGACUCUGAGCCUCCUGCUGAAUCCCCUCCGUGUGAGAAAGAGGAAGAAACCAGCCUCGGCCAGGUCCAUCAACCCAGCAACGAGUGUGAGGAGCGAGAUUAGUGCUCAAGUACGGCAUGCACUCUGAGUUUAGGAACGAAUCAAACCCGUGCAUAAAUUAUCUUCUUACAGUCUGUAAAGAGCAACUUGGUUCAGAUUCAGAAUGCCUGUUCCCAUCUGAAACAAGCUGCUGCAAUGUAAGUUAUGUAAAUGGUAGUUACCUUCCAUUUACAUCCACUAAAAGUUCUGUUUUUGCCAAGGACAGGCUCAGAUU